CAGACAACUCCCACCAACAUAAACCUUGUGCUAUUUCCAGAAUCCUCUCUUGACAAUUCCCUCCACUCAUUAGAGUGAGCAAAAUGUGGCAAAACAUUCUCUUCAUACUACUAGUCCUCAAAGGAGUGCAGUCUCAAGGACAGUUGGUGGAAUCUGGAGGGGAUGUGAGAAGACCUGGAGAGUCCCUCCAUCUCUCCUGCCAAGGUUCUGGAUACAACUUUGGUGGCUACAGCAUGAGCUGGGUGAGGCAGCCUCCAGGGAAAGGACUGGAAUGGGUUGCACACAUCUAUCAUGAUUCUAGUGGAAAGUUCUACUCAGACAAAGUGAAGGGCUGCUUCACCAUCUCCAGAGACAAUGCCAAAAGCCAGCUGUAUCUGCAAAUGAACAGCCUCAAAGCUGAAGACACGGCAGUCUAUUACUGUGCGAGAGACACAAAAAUGUUACUAAACCUUGUGUCCUUACUAGUAGUCCUCAAAGGAGUCCAGUCUCAAGUGCAGUUGGUGGAGUCUGGAGGAGAUGUGCGAAGACCUGGAGAAUCCCUCCGUCUCUCCUGCCAAGGAUCUGGAUUCACCUUCAGUGGCUAUUGGAUGGGCUGGGUGAGACAGGCUCCAGGGAAAGGACUGGAAUGGGUUGCAAGCAUGGCUACAUCUAGCACUUACUACUCAGACAAAGUGAAGGGCCGCUUCACCAUCUCCAGAGACGAUGCCAAAAGCCAGCUGUAUCUGCAAAUGAGCAGCCUCAAAGCUGAAGACAAGGCUGUCUAUUACUGUGCGAGAGGCACAGUGAGAGGAAGUGAAUCUCAAGCCAGGCAAGAACCUUCCUUUCUUCAGAGCAGCUCUUCAAUUUGA